AACAAGUUUGUCCGAUAUGUCGUGACAACUUAUCCGAAUCGAAAUUAUUCAAAAGUCCCGAUACCGAAAACCUUGUUCAGUCUUGGAUGAAACUUAGACAAACCCUGUUAAGAGGCGCUCUGGAGGAAAAAAUCAAAUCAUCCAAAAAAGAAUCGGAUACCGCUAACGUCAACUCCCAAAGCGAUAAGGAAAAGUAA